CACCUCGCGAGGUUGCGCGAGCGCUCUGGAAGGGGAAGGGAGAACGGAUGCCGGGAAGGGGAUUCGUGGGUCGCGCGAGCCUGACCGCGAGGGAACCGUGAGCGUGCGCACUCUGCAGCCCUUUCGGGAGAUCCGCGCCGCCUGCGGUUUGGCUUUUUUUUUGCGCGCCCCUUCUCGUCCCUUCCUGGGGCCUGAGGGUCGCGGGCUGCGCCUUCUAUUCCGGCCGGCACGCAACAUGGCAGAAAACCGAGAGCCCCGCGGGGCUGUUGAGUCUGAGCUGGAUCCGGUGGAGUACACACUUCGGAAGCGCCUGCCCCACCGACUGCCCCGGAGGCCCAAUGACAUUUAUGUCAACAUGAAAACUGACUUUAAAGCCCAGCUAGCCCGCUGCCAGAAGCUGCUGGACGGAGGGGCACGGGGUCAGAAUCUAUGCACUGAGAUCUACAUUCAUGGCUUGGGCCUGGCCAUCAACCGCGCCAUCAACAUUGCUCUACAGCUGCAGGCUGGCAGCUUCGGGUCCUUGCAGGUGGCUGCCAAUACCUCCACAGUGGAGCUUAUCGAUGAGCUGGAACCAGAGACUGAUACACGAGAGCCUCUGACCCGCACCCGCAACAACUCUGCCAUCCACAUCCGAGUCUUUAGGGUCACACCCAAGUAAUUGAAAUGAAGCUGGCUUGCCCUGUCCACCCCAUACACACACAGUUAGGCUCAGAUGUGACUCUCCUUGUGCUGAGUACUGCCAUGGACUUCUUACCAGAGUUUGUAAGAUAAAAAACCUGUACCCUCAUAGCCCAUAGGACUAUUUGUCUAGAGAGGGGAAGUAUGUCUCUUGUUGGGCCAAGCAGCGGGUCUUCCUGAAUCUUUGGUCUGUAGCCAUUGUCCUAGACAAUAAAAAGUAUGAAGUUGUGUUAGUGUCCA